GGCACCGAGUUCCUUAUAACGCCCGCCGAUUCCCCGCCCUCACUCUCGCCGCUGCAAGAUAUCACCGUCCCCCCCUCCUCCCUCCAGGGAGGGGAAAAAGGAGGAAAAAGAAAAGGAAAGAGGAGGGAGAAAUAUCCUAAAAAGAAAAAAAAGAGAGAAAGAGGAGGUAUAUGUUUAGUGGUGGGGAGAAAGCGAAGGAGGCAAAAAGGAAAAGAGGAGGACUAGAGGAAAGGCAGCGCUUUCCAGAGAAGAGAUGGAAAGAUCGAAUCGAAAGAGAUCUAACCUGCGGCAGCAGCUCGGAUGAGUUGGGAGCAGAUCGCAGGUCCUUUUGGCUGGGGGGGAAACGCCGUCAAGCCCAGCAGCAGCAGCAGCAGCAGCAGCAGCUACUCCAGGCGCUUUGAUGCGAGCUCUCAUGCCACAUGAUAAGACUGUUGAGGAGGAGUUUUGAGCUGAUCCCAGCUGGGAGAAGGAGCCGCCGACGAGUUGAACCCAGCUUCUCUUCCUUCCCCCCUCCACUCCCGCCCCGCUGCUGCUCCUUUGGUGAGGUGGGGGGGAAACUCCCUCGCCACCCCCGCCACCCCCUCAUCAUCAUCACCACCAUCACCAGCGUUAAGGAAAGCCGAGCUCGGUCUGGGAGAGCCGGCGGGGAGAUCAGAAGCCCAGCCAACUCGGGGCUGAGGCAAGAGAGGAGUUUGAUCUGCUCCCAGAUGCCUGUCGGGCAAGAAGAAGGCAUCAAGGCCAGCAGAUAGAGGUGGAGGCAGAAGAAGGCGAGGAGGAGGAGGAGGAGGAGGAGGAAGAGGAGGAAGAGAGAGGGAGGGGAAGCAGGGCUGCCGCCAGCCCCGCUACCUGUUGGAGACGGAGCCUUGGAAGGGGGCUUGGAGCUGCUCCCAGGUGUCUUCUGGACUCCCGUCCGCUCUUCUCCCGCCUCCCUUCUUGUUUUGAUUAUUAAUCCCCCCUCUGCUGCCCAGCCCACCCUCCCACGAGCUGUGAUGACCCUGUCCGGCAGCCUGAGCGCCAGCGACAUGUCCGGCCAGACGGUGCUGACGGCCGAAGAUGUGGACAUCGACGUGGUGGGCGAGGGAGACGACGGCCUGGAGGAGAGAGACGGGGGAGGCGGCGGGGGCAGCAGCGACACCGAGGCCGGCACCAGCCCCUCGGCCGUCGCCGCGUCGGGGCUGCCUGCACAGCUGGCGCUGGACGAGGCGUCCGAGCUGGUGAUGGCCAAGGAGGCGUCCGCGGAGGCCAGCUCGGGCAGCGGCAGCCCCGUCGAGGAGAAGGCGGCCGGCGAGGAGGGCUCGGCGGCGGCGGCGGCGGCGGGCGCGCCGUCCGGGGCGGCUGCAGCCGCGGCUGCUGCCUCCAGCGGCGGCAAGCCCAAGAGCAGCCUGGUGAAGCCUCCCUACUCGUACAUCGCGCUCAUCACCAUGGCCAUCCUGCAGAGCCCGCAGAAGAAGCUGACGCUGAGCGGCAUCUGCGAGUUCAUCAGCAACCGCUUCCCCUACUACCGGGAGAAGUUCCCCGCCUGGCAGAACUCCAUCCGCCACAACCUGUCGCUCAACGACUGCUUCGUCAAGAUCCCCCGCGAGCCGGGCAACCCGGGCAAGGGCAACUACUGGACGCUGGACCCGCAGUCCGAGGACAUGUUCGACAACGGCUCCUUCUUGCGGCGCAGGAAGCGCUUCAAGCGGCACCAGCAGGAGCAGCUGCGCGAGCAGACGGCGCUCAUGAUGCACAGCUUCGGCGCCUACAGCCUCGCCGCCGCGGCCGCCGCCGCCGCCUCGGCCUCGGGCGGCCCCUACGGCCGCGCCUACGGCCUGCCCCACGGCGCCGCCUACCCGCACCCGGCGGCCGCCCUCCAGUACCCCUACAUCCCUCCCGUCGGGCCCAUGCUGCCGCCCGCCGUGCCGCUGCUGCCUUCCAGCGAGCUCAGCCGCAAAGCCUUCAACGCGCAGCUCAGCCCCAGCCUCCAGCUGCAGCUCAGCGGCCUCAGCGCCGCCGGCUCGGGCGCCCUGGCCGCCGGCGUCAAAGCCGAGCCCAGCAGCCGGCCCUCCUUCAGCAUCGAGAACAUCAUCGGCGGCGGCCCGGCCGUCAGCUCCUCGGGCGCCGUCAGCGCACAGACUUUCCUGCGGCCGCCCGUCACCGUGCAGUCGGGCCUGCUGGCGCACCAGCCGCUCUCGCUGGCCAGGAGUACGGCGGCCAUCGCGCCCAUCCUCAGCGUGCCUACAAACAUGAUCUCGGGACAGUUCUUGCAGCCCGCAGCCUCCGCCACUCCCGUCCAGGCGAAGUGGCCGGCGCAGUAG